AUGCAAGUUCUUCUAUUGCUCUCGUUGGUUCUCCCGGUGGUCAUCCUUAUCGCCCGGCGCGCAACGCCGGCGAAGGCAUGGCUGGCCAACCUCAAGUUGGUUCUAGCAAGCAAGCCACCAGCUAUGUUCGUCACGGACUAUGCCGCGGCGCAUAACCUUCUCGUGCGGGGCAGCAGAGCCGUCGGCGGCGGCUCCUUCUCCAACCGCCCUCCAUCCAUGUCACCCAGCGCUGUCCUCUCGGGCCGCCUCUACCACAACAUCAUCUCGGCACCCUAUGGCCAACUCUGGCGCGCCCUCCGCCACAACCUCACCUCGGGAGUCCUCCACCCGACGCACCUGCGUGGCUACGCGGCCGCGCGUCGCCAUGCGCUACGUGGCCUCGUAGUGGACCUCAGGGAGCAGCAGCUCGCCGACGGCGUGGUGCUUGCCACGGAGAGCAUCCGCAGCGCGGUGUUUGGCCUCGUCUCCACCAUGUGCUUCGGCGAGGGCGUCGACGCGGCCGUGGUCCGUGCCAUGGCUGAUGUCCAGAUGGAGCUCAUCCUGUCCUUGCCUGCGGUACGCACGCUCGUGUCCGUGCCGUUCCUGGCGCUGUGUAGGUUAAUCUACCGCAAGCGGUGGAACAAGUUGGUCGCGAUACGACAGAAGCAGGAGGAGCUGUACCUCCCACUCAUCGACGGCUGCCGCAUCCAUCCCCGGCACUCUGACGAGACGCCGACAUACGUGCACACGCUCCUGGACCUUCAUGUCCCGGUAGAAUUCGAAGCAGAUGACCAAAUACCUGCUGCUCCUGGACCUGCUGGAGGCAAGCAACGGCAGCAACGGAGGCUCGAGGAUGGCGAACUCGUGGGGCUCUGCUCGGAGUUUCUUGGUUCCGGAACUGAAUCCCUAUCCGUGGCGCUGCAGUGGAUCAUGGCGAACCUAAUGAAGCGCGCAGACAUGCAGGAGGCCAUCUGGAGGGAGAUCGACGCUGCUGUUGAGGCCGACACCGAGGAGGUCGGGGAGGAGGUUCUUGGGAAGUUGGACCACCUCAGCGCUGUCAUCUUGGAGGCAUUGCGUCUGCAUCCCACCACCAUGUGGGUAUUUAGGCAGGUGAUGGAAGAAGACCAAGUGGUUCAUGAUGGCCAACAUAUUCCUGCGGGUACCAAGAUGGUCUUCUCGUUGGAGGCUCUAGGGCGAGACAAGACAGUGUGGACUGACCCUGAUGAGUUCAAGCCAGAACGAUUUCAAGCAUGUGGAGGUGGAGAAAGCGUUACCAAGAACCUGCUGUCCAUGGCCGGGGACAUGAAGAUGAUGCCUUUUGGGGCCGGCAGGAGGAUGUGCCCUGCUAUAAGCAUGUCGUUACUCCACAUCGGCUACUUCAUCGCAAACCUUAUGAGGGAGUUCGAGUGGAGGGAAGCAGAGGGUGAGCAUGCCGUCCAACUCCACACGGAUGCCAACGUCUUGCUGUUCAAUUUCAUGGAGCGUCCGCUACGUGCUCACCUUGUGCCUCGCCGGCCGGUGGUCAAAAAGGUUCGUUAA